AUGAAGGAACCAAAACUCAACACUCAUUUUCUGCUGUUAUCACUCAACUUCUUUUCUACUUCUCAUGUAACAGUUAUUGGCAGCCUCUCCCUGACAUCCUUAACAUCCAACUAUACAUCCACCCAAGUCACUGCUUUUCUGCUGACUGGUGUCCCAGGCUUAGAAGACUUCCACAUCUGGAUCUCAAUCCCGUUCAGUGUCAUGUACCUUCUGGCUGUGAUAGGCAAUGGCCUCAUUAUUAGGGUGGUGGUCUGGGACAAAAGCCUCCACGAGCCCAUGUACCUCUUCCUAGCAAUGCUAGCAUUCAAUGAUGUCCUCCUUUGUACUGUCACAGUGCCCAAAAUGCUUCUCAUCUUCUGGCAGGGCCCAUCCCCAUCAAUAUUUUCUGCCUGCCUCACACAGAUGUUCUUUGUUCACGCUCUCUUCCUCUCUGAAUCAGCUGUUCUUCUGGCUAUGGCUUUUGAUCGUUAUGUGGCCAUCUGUGAACCACUCCACUAUACAACCCUACUUACAGGCUCACUUAUUAGCAAGGUGGGCCUGGCUUUGGCGGUCCGGAGUGUGAUUGUAGUCAUGCCUGGUGUCCUGCUUAUUCUCCGACUACGGUUUUGCCAGACCAACAUCAUUCACCAUACCUACUGUGAGAACAUGGGCAUUGCCAAAUUGGCCUGCAAUAGCAUUUCCCUUAAUAGCAUUUAUGGACUCACAGCUGCUCUUCUCACCACCGGGCUGGACUUUAUCCUUAUCUCCCUCUCCUACUGGCUAAUCCUGGGGACAGUAUUCCGAUUACCUUCAAAGGAAGCUCGGACAAAGGCUUUUGGAACUUGUGGAGCUCAUAUAACUGUCAUCUUAAUAUUCUAUACCCUGGCCUUCUUUUCCUUCUUUACCCAUCGCUUUGGUCACCACGUGCCCAGGCAUACUCUUAUACUCUUGGCAAAUCUCUACUUACUGAUGCCACCUACCAUGAAUCCCAUUGUGUACGGGGUGAAAACCAAAGAGAUAAGGAUGAGAGUGCUAGGACUCUUCAGCCAAUCAAAAUGA